AUGGCAGCAUCUUCACUAAGUAUCACAGACGACUUGGAAGCACAGUUAACUUGUGCUAUUUGUAAUGACAUCUUUACUGACCCAAGAACACUCCUACCGUGUCUACAUACUUUCUGUUUCAACUGCAUCAAAAGAUGGAACGAGGCCUGCGAGAAAGAAUGCAAGAGGUUGAGAUGCCCAACUUGUAGAGUAGUCGUGAACAUCGAAGGAGGUGACAUCUCGAAGCUUCCCUCUUCGUUUCAGUCCAACUCUCUUCUUCAGUUAUACAAAAAGUGUAUCGCAAAAUCGCACAGUAGCCAUGACAAGGUUAAGACUGAGAAAUCAGCAGAAGAUGCUAAAAAGCUUAUCAGGGAAGACAUUGAUCGCUUGAAUGAGCUGAUUGCUGAAUACAGGAAAGAGCUAGAACUAUCCGACGAGAAUAUGAGUAGAAUUCAAAGCGAGACUGACACAGAAAAGGCAAAAGUACGUAAUAACACACGAUCUUUGAUGAAGAUUUUACAAGAUCACGAAAAUGCUUCAAUUGCUAUCUUGGACAAAAACCUUGUGGAGCAAAGAAGCUCAAACAAGGACGAGAAAAAUGAAAUCAACGCACACAUCCAACAAGUCACUGAAUUGAAAAAUCAGUGUGAAAAAAUCAUGUCUGAAAAAGAUUUUGGAUCUGAAGACUUUGAUAAUUUACAAGUAAUUUGUAAAGCUAUCUUACAAAACAAAUCCAUCUCAUCGACCAAACCUGUCAAGCGAAACUCAAGCCUGUGUUACAAACCCAACCCGGAAGGGAUUCCUUUUAUGGAAAAUCUGAAGUUUGGUGAAGUGGUGGAAAGCGUGACAGACCCGUCACGCUGUUCUAUCGAGUGUCUAAGGGAAACGAUCAACACUGCAUUAAUUAAGAAUGGCUAA